UUGGCGUCGCUCCUUAUAAACACCGCCGGGAGUUUCCGUUUAAGCACAUUCGGCCGUCAAGAGUUGAACAAUGGUUAACAUGAGCAAUCACCCAUUUUCACUCAAAUAUCUCCAUUCGAACCAGCGACAGUCGAGACGGCGAACAAAUAAAAGGAAAAGGAUUUGUCGGGGCAAAAUAUCUUCAACGGAUUUGCAGACUUGAUUAAGGGAGUCCUAAAGGUCCCGAGUGGAAGCGUGUGGCCGAGUGUCGAGUGCGUUGCGAAGUUGACUGGCGAGAUGACUGCCGAGUGGCUGCACCUGCCCCCGCCGUACCCCCCCGGCGUGGGGCCGCUGUGUGGCGCAGAGUUGGAGGCGUGGUAUGAGGACCUGCAGGAUAUCCUGGGCUCGGACGCGGGAGGGGCAAAGCUGGCGCGCGCCCCCCCAUGUGGUGAGAAGGAGCCCGAGUUCCUGGAUGUUCUGGAGAGCUGCUCCCUGACGUGGCUGACGGACGGAGGUCACACGUGGGGGGAGGGCAUUCAGAGGACGACGGAGCUGGUCCACAAUGCCCAGCCUCUGCAUCACACCUCCUCCUCCUCCAGCUUGACUCCGGCAGAAGAGCGGAAAACGGAGGUGAACGCGAGGAGCGGCGACGGCGACCUGCUUCCUCCUGAGUUCUUUGAGUUCCUGAGUGAAGGAGGAAUGGUGGAUUCAAGCAGUGGCUAUUACUACCAUCAUCAUCAGCAGCAGCAAGUUAACAACAACCAUCCAGCGUCUCCAUCAGCCAGCGAGGAAGAGUUGCCCUGCGUCCCCGAUUCGCCAUCCUGCUCGUCAUCCUCCGCCUCGCAGUCGCCUUCCAGGCGCUGCUCGUCUCCGUCGUCUCCCGUCUCGUCGCCGUCCAUCUGCUCGCCCUCUCGGCCGGGCAAGCGACGGCGAAGCGAGGGACCCGACGGCGCCUCGUCGUGCCCGGGCACCUCGGUCGCCCAACCGCAGCAGCAGCAGCAACGCGCGUCCUCCUCCUCGUCCUCGUCGUACUUGUCCGCCAAAAAGAGUCGCAAAGAGAGGGAGCAGGAGAACGAGAAGAAAGUGCAGGAGCUGACGGAGCAGAACGAGCGCUUGAAAGCGGAAAUCGAAAGGCUUGGCGAGGAGGUGCAGCGCACGCGGCGAGCCCUCAUCGAGAGACUUGUCAACACCAGGAAAUGAGCUCACGGAACGACAAGAAAGCGGCACUGAGGAAAGAAAUGGUUUGUUUGUGUGUGUGUGUGUGUGUGUGUCCUAAGACCGGAAGGUAUGAAAACCAAAGAGAUUUGUAAAAUGUAUGGAAAAGAUGAUGAAAGUCAAGGCAGAGUUGGAAGAAAAGCGGGAACAUCACUGCAGCAAACUAGAACGAUUCAGCACGUGAAACGCAAAAGAACAGGAAAGCUCUUAAAGUGGUUUAUCGCACGGCGGGCGGCGAAGGUCUGUAACGUGAAGUCACUCCGCCGCCGUGCGAAAGGAUGAUUUGACGAAUGCACGUUGGAAAGAAAGGAAUUCAGUUGAGGGCAUUUAUUUCGUUGUGCUUUCCCGCUAUUUUGCAAUACUGUACAUUGUAACUCCUCUUUUAAAAAAAAAAAAAAAAAAAAAGGGCUGCAAUAUGGCUAGCAGAGAUUAUUUGCCCCAAUUUGUGGUGAGAGGAGCAGCUCAGGAACGUUUGAAUAUGCCCCCCCCCCCCACCUUUUGCUUUGAGAGGAGUACAACAAUAAUUUUUUGGGGCUUUUUCUAUUAGCCUUUGCAUGCACACAUAGUUUUUAAUACAGCAGGUUGCCCCCAACGAAUAUUUCUACAGGUUAGGUUUUUUUUUUAUUCAACGCGAGAACUGUUUUUAAAUUCAAUGCGGAACUUGCGGUACAUAUAUAUAUCCACUUGCUAUUUUUAUACAAUUUCAAUCAGAUUUACUGUACACAUUUGUACUGUUCAUUUAUACUUUUGUAAUUGAGUCAUCUAAAUUGUUGAUUCUUCAUGAAUAUGCAUGUUUUUUUGAUUGACGGGAUUCAUGUUAUUAAUGUUUCUUAUCUGUUGCUGUAACCCCAAAAUUUGCAAUAAAAAUGAUUUUCUUUGCUCA